AUGAGGUGGCAGCUCAUGGUGAAGGCUUUAUUGGGUUCAGCUUUCAUGGGGCUACUGAUGUUGCUGGUAAAUCAACAAUGGGGUUCCUGGAUGUCUUCAAUGGAUUCAUCGCUCUCAUCCCAGAAAGCCCCCUCUGAAGACCCUCUGGUUCUCUCUUCGAGGAAGUAUGAGUGGGAGACUCAGACACCACAUCCCUUAGACCUGAGGUAUCCUUAUCCCUAUCCUUUCCUGAUCAAUCAUCCUGACAAGUGUGGAGGUCUCAGAGAUGCCCCCUUCCUGCUCAUUCUGGUAAUGAGCAAGCCCCAGGAUGUGGGGAUACGCCAGGUCAUCCGACAAACAUGGGGUAAUGAAACCUUGGUUCCUGGUGUGGUCAUCCGCUGUCUUUUUGUUCUUGGCCUGCCCCAACCCCUCUUUGCUCAGAAACUUCAGGACGUCCUGGAGGAGGAAGACAAGGAGCAUGGGGAUCUCCUCCAGGUGGGCUUCCUGGAUACAUACCGCAAUUUGACUCUCAAAGUUCUCAUGGGGCUGGAAUGGAUGGCCCAGUACUGUCCCACUGCCCGUUAUGUGCUCAAGGUAGAUAGUGAUGUCUUCCUUAACCCCAUUUUCCUAGUACAGCAAAUAUUGCAGCCCAACAGACCCCUAAAGCUGAACUUCAUCACAGGCCACAUCUUCAGAAACUCAACCCCCAUGCGGACACAGGGUGAUAAGUGGUACAUGCCCCCAGAGCUGUACCCCAAGAAUAUGUACCCAGACUAUUGUGCAGGCCUUGGCUAUGUGAUGUCUGGCUCCCUGGCCCUCAGGAUCUUGACUGAAGCGCAGAGAGUCAAGGCCAUCUAUUUGGAGGAUGUGUUUGUGGGAUUAUGCCUGCAACAGCUUGGGGUGAAGCCCACACCUUCUCCCCCCAACACCUUCCUGAUAUUUUGGAGGAAGUAUGACCAUUGUACCUUUGACCGACUUGUCCUGGUUCAUCACUUCCAGCAUCAAGAGUUACUACGGAUAUGGCCAGACUUUCUGAGAGCUAAUACCAACUGUUAA